AACGCGAGAACGACAAACUAACUGGCAGACUCUAGACCUCGGUCUUUCCGCGUCCUUCUACGCUUAGCUCUACUCUUGUAGACUCUGCGCCCGAGGGAGAGUCGGAAAGGCCCCUCUGAUCAACAGCUGGAAUGCAUAAAAGCAGGGGGCAGAGUAGACGACAUGGGAGAAGGAGCCACCGACACAACCCUUGGUUCAGACAGCAUGGUUCUAAUGAGAGCCUAUGAAAAUAGCUUUCUGGAAACCUAAUUUCAUUAAUUCAGCCUAAAUCCUAGGAAUAAUACAGGGGCACAGCAAAGCCCACAGGGUUCCAGCCACAGUGAUGACGAGGCCCCGUCGACCUCCUCCAGCACAGCUGGCAGUUCUUCCGUGCCAGAUCUACCAGGUUAUUACUUUGACCCUGAAAAGAAACGCUACUUCCGCUUGCUCCCUGGACAUAACAACUGCAACCCCCUCACGAAGGAGAGCAUCCGGCAGAAGGAAAUGGAGAGCAAAAGGCUGCAGCUGCUAGAGGAAGAGGACAAGCAGGGAAGGAAAAUAGCCAGGUUGGGAUUUAAUGCAUCUUCCUUACUACAAAAAAGCAAGCUGGGUUUUCUCAACGUCACCAGUUACUGCCGUUUAGCCCAUGAGCUGCGAGUGAGCUGCAUGCAGAGGAAAAAGGUCCAAAUUCAGAGCUCGGAUCCCUCCGCUUUGGCAAGUGACCGAUUUAACCUGAUACUGGCAGAUACCAACAGUGACCGGCUCUUCACCGUGAACGAUGUCAAAGUCGGGGGCUCCAAGUACGGCAUCAUCAACCUGCACGGCCUGCAGACCCCCACGCUCAGGGUGCACAUGCAUGAAAACCUCUACUUCACCAACCGGAAGGUGAACGCUGUGAGCUGGGCCUCGCUGAAUCACCUGGAUUCCCACAUUCUGCUGUGCCUCAUGGGAAUUGCAGAGACUCCAGGCUGUGCCACCCUGCUCCCAGCGUCAUUGUUUGUCAGUAGUCAUCCAGCAGGAGACCGGCCUGGCAUGCUCUGCAGUUUCCGGAUCCCUGGGGCCUGGUCCUGUGCGUGGUCCCUGAACAUCCAGGCAAAUAACUGCUUUAGUACAGGCUUGUCUCGGCGAGUCCUGGUGACCAGCGUGGUGACGGGACACCGGCAGUCAUUUGGGACCAGCAGUGACGUCUUGGCCCAGCAGUUUGCUAUUACGGCUCCUUUGCUGUUUAAUGGCUGUCGUUCCGGCGAAAUCUUUGCCAUUGAUCUGCGUUGUCGAAAUCAGGGCAAGGGCUGGAAAGCCACCCGCCUGUUCCACGACUCAGCAGUUACCUCUGUGCAAAUCCUGCAAGAAGAGCAAUGCCUGAUGGCAUCCGACAUGGCUGGAACGAUCAAGCUGUGGGACCUGAGGACCACUAAGUGUAUUAGGCAGUACGAAGGGCACGUGAACGAGUAUGCCCACCUACCCCUGCACGUGCAUGAGGAAGAAGGAAUCGUGGUGGCAGUGGGCCAGGACUGCUACACGAGAAUCUGGAGCCUCCAUGAUGCCCAGCUGCUCAGAACCAUACCCUCCCCACACCCCACUUCCAAGGCCGACAUUCCCAGUGUGGCCUUCUCUUCUCGGCUUGGGGGCUUCCGGGGAGCGCCAGGGCUGCUCAUGGCCAUCCGGCAGGACCUUUACUGCUUCUCCUACAGCUAAUUCUGCAGGUUGCAGCCUGGAGGGACAUGGAUGUGACUCAGCGGAGCAUAGGUAGCCAUAUUUUUGCCACAAUUGCCAUUUUCAGUGAGGGCAUUUCAGAUGGAUGCUCUUGUGUGUGCAUAUCCCAUCCAUCCAGCUGCUGGGGAAAAGGUGCUAUAUUUUAUGUGGAGACACUUCAGUAAAGUUAUUUCAGUUAAGUUGUGGGUUCAAGAAGCUUAAAAGUCCUUUUCAUAAAAGGUACCUAUUUCCUUUUCUUGUUGACUUCCUUAGAAUAGUUCCUCCACCUUUUUUUUUUUUUUUAAACAAAAAAUACUUUUCUAAGGGCUGAAGAUUGACAGUAACUAAAGCUGCUGCUUUCACCAAAAGCCCUUUCGAGAAGCCUAAUGAUGAGACUGGGUGAAACUGUUGACAGUCAGUGCCUGGGUCCCAGAAAGACAUGCAUCUAUACUUGAGAAAGUCAGCUGGAGAGAAGGGGGAGUCAUUUCUCUCAGUCUCUAGAGAUUUUACGGCUGAGUUGGGAAUCAUUAAACUAGGCUUCUCAAACUCACUCGAUAACCAGUGUCAGAUCUCUGGUAUUCUCAUUCAUUACCAUGUAUAGGCAUUGUAAGGAAAGACGGAUCCUUUUAGAGGCUAGACAGGCCUUAGCAUGCAUAUGUUGAAGUACCUUCCAGAAUGUUAGGUACAGCAGCUCCUGUUUCUAUCAUGGUGACUUGAAUGUCAGAUUCAAGGGCCCCAUCUCAAAGAAAAUUGGCUUUGACUUUUUGUAAUCUAGGAGAAGCAGUUUGUGAGAUGUUUAUACAACACGUUAAUACAAAGAGCCUUUCUACCAAACAAUAAACUAGAAAG